GCUUUUAGGUUGGAAAAGUCAGCCAUGUUGUUGACUAUACUUUUUGCAGCAAGUGUCUUUAUUUCAAACGGUGGCUGUUUGGACUGUUUCGACUGUCGCAACAUCCUCUCCCUCAGCGAGUGCGACAGGAUAACAACAUGUGGUAGCGGGGAGGUGUGCCAUGUGGAGCAGUAUAUCAGUGAAAGUGGUCUUGUUCUUUACAAUACUGGAUGUUUAUCAAACCUCCAAUGUCAGCCAAGUACAAAGGGUGGUCAACCUUCACACAAUACCAUAAGAAACGGCCACAAUGUCACCAUAUGUACAGAAUGCUGCAACCUGUCCUUCUGCAAUGACGCCGGGUGCGGACAAACUAGUUUAUCUAUGACGCAGCGUGGUCCAUACUGUUUUACAUGUGAGGGCAUCGAAUCCCCUGACGAAUGCAGGCGGGUGAAAAGAUGCCAGGUGGAUGAGCACUGUAUGCUGUAUUCCAAACCUCACAUCCAGGGUAUUCCUAGUCCUCCCUCUAUACCGGACUGUGUGACACAGAGUCGGCCUGCCAGGCACUUCGAGUCGUCAAUGAUCACACAGAAUGUCCAGCGUUCUGCUGUCCUGACGAUUUCUGCAACGAUAGAUGUGUCGAGAACACCACCACGACAGCCGCAUAUACGACAACUGUAAACACUGAACAAACAGGAUGCCCGCAAGAUCAUAUCUUUGACAGUGUUUCAUCGGCCUGUAUACAAAUUGUUGAAACAUCCAAGUUCACCUUUCAUGAGGCAAAGGCAUUUUGCCACAGUAUUGGAGACCGACUUGUUAUAAUUGAUUCCAAUGAAAAGUCAGUCUUCGUGACCUAUGUGAUUCUACAUCAAACAAAAGAACAACUUAGUGCCCAAAGAUA